AUGGCGCCAUCAGCAGAUACCUCGUUUGCGAGCCAUGUAGCUAACCAGUUCACUUCGUACGAGAAGGAUCGUCAGACCUCGUCCAAGGAUGCUCUCUAUGCUACAUCCAAUGGCGUGCCGAUGCCUCACCCAUACGAGUCUCAGCGCGUUGGUGACAACGGUCCGCUCCUGCUCCAGGACUUCCACCUCGUCGACCUCCUGUCCCACUUCGACAGAGAACGCAUCCCUGAGCGUGUAGUGCAUGCCAAGGGUAGCGGAGCUCACGGCUUCUUCGAAUGUACAAACCCAAUCCCCGACCUCUGCAUUGCCGAUAUCUUCUCGAUCAAGGGAAAGAAAUGCCCCAUUACUACCCGCUUCUCGACUGUGGGCGGUGAGUCCGGCUCCCAUGAUCUGGCCCGUGACCCCCGAGGGUUCUCUGUCAAGUUCAGAACUGAAGAGGGCAACUGGGACAUGGUGGCCAACAACACACCCGUCUUCUUUCUUCGGGAUCCUGCCAAGUUCCCUCACUUCAUCCACACGCAGAAGCGCGACCCGUCGACCCAUCUCACACAUGCCGAUGACUCGACCAUGUUCUGGGACUACCUGUGCAACAAUCCCGAGUCAAUCCACCAGGUCAUGAUUCUCAUGGGUGACAGAGGCAUUCCCGACGGCUACCGGUUCAUGCACGGCUACUCUGGACACACCCUGAAGCUGGUGAACAAGAAUGGAGACUGGGUGUACUGCCAGAUGCACUUCAAGAGCCAGCAGGGUACCAAGUUUAUUACUCAGGAAGAUUCAGCAAACUACUCAGCAGACUACUCGCAGAAGGACCUGUACGAGGCCAUCCAGCGUGGUGAAUUUCCCAAAUGGACCGUCGAGAUCCAAACGAUGACCCCCAAACAGGCCGAGGAGGUAUGGGAGAAGCAGAAGAUCAAUGUUUUCGAUCUCACCCAUGUCUGGCCCCAAGACCAAUUCCCCCGCAGGAAGGUUGGCGAGUUCACGCUCAACGAGAAUGCCAUCAACUACUUCGCCGAGAUCGAACAGGUUGCGUUCAACCCAGCUCACAUGCUUCCUGGUAUUGAGCCAUCCUCCGACCCAGUCCUUCAGUCGCGCCUCUUUUCGUACCCCGACACACACCGCCACCGUAUUGGAGCCAACUACCAGCAGCUGCCGGCCAACGCGUCUAGAACAGGCUACAAGUUUGGCAACUUCCAGCGCGACGGUCAAAUGGCAUUCUACAAUCAGGGGGCCCGUCCCAACUACCUCAGCUCCAUCGACCCAAUUCAGUUCAGACCUCGUUCAGUCGAUUUGGACAAGACACACGGCCACUUCGUCGGAAAAGCCGUUUCUUUCUUGUCCGAGAUCCGCCCUGAGGACUUCAACGCCCCACGAGCGCUGUGGCAGAAGGUGUUUGACGAGCCGGCGCGGGAGCGAUUCAUCGUUAACGUUGCGGGCAAGAUGGCGGCUUGCAAGGAGCCGGAGCUGCUCAAGCGCCAGAUUGCCAUCUUCCGCGAGGUCGACAACGACAUUGCGACGCGUCUGGAGAAAGCCACGGGUGUGAAGGGUUAUGACGGAAUCUCGAACAUGCGCUUCAAUGGUACCCACAACGGCAUGACCAAGGACUCCAAGCUUCGGUAUGCCAACGGUGUGAGUGCUACCAAGGGUAAGAGUGCCACGGACAACAACGGGGCACCUUGCGCCGGCACACACGGGGAUUUGGCCAAGAACACUGUCGAUGGUGCGAACGGCUCGAAUGGGACCAACGGGUCUAAGUAA